AUGGCCUAUCAGCAAGGCUUUGGUACGUCCGUGCCUGAUCCAGUACAAACACCGACCGCAAAUGGCUAUGUCGACGUCUCGAAUCCUUUCACCGAUCGCGUGAAGAGUCUGCAGAGUCAGGAGGAAAGGCGGCUGUUUGACCUGGUCGACAAACUCAAGGACCUCGACGUAAACAGGGAACUCCAACUACCCCAGCUUGUCGUCUGUGGGAGCCAGUCGUCGGGCAAGAGCUCCGUCCUCGAGGCUAUCAGUGGUCUUUCGUUUCCGAGAGGAGAGUUUACUUGUACCAAAUUUGUCACUGAACUACGCUUUCGUCCAGGGAAUGUCGAGUCAAUCAAUAUUGAGAUAGUCCCCGAUACGGGACGGAAUCCUGACGAUCAGGCGCGCCUCCAGAAUGCCCGGUUCAAAUCCAGGAGACUGGCCGAGUUGGGUCAAAUCAUCAAGGAAGCCGAGAAAUGGUUGCUGGGCGGGCGUGGAGGAUUUGCCCGUGACGUGCUCAAGGUCGAGGUCGUGAGGCCUCAUCAGCAGCCGCUGACUCUGAUUGACACUCCGGGUCUGAUAGCCUCGCACAACGAAGGCCGCGAGUAUAUCGACCUGGUACGCCGCAUCGUCGAUGACUGGAUCAAGCAGCCACGGACCCUGAUUCUGGCUGUGGUAGAGGCCAACCUCGACCCGCAGAAGCAGUCCGUGCUCACCAUCGCCAAAGAGGUUGACCCCACUGGAGAGCGGACCUUUGGCAUCAUCACGAAGCCAGAUCUCGUCGAGUCGCCUUCCGGCUUGGAGGAUUUCUGGGUCAAGAAAGCCCAGAACGGCGCUGAGAGCAUGGCCGAGUUCAACUUUGCCAAGGGCUGGCAUGUCCUUAGAAAUCGUGGCGUCCGCGAAACUGGCAACGAGACCUCGACGGCAGAGAGGGACGAGGCUGAACGCAUGUUCUUUAUGUCUCCCGAACGCAGAUGGAGCCAGGUCGACCCAGCAUAUUGGGGGAUUGAGUCACUGCUAGGCCGUCUGAGGAGCAUCUACUAUGACCACACCCGCAGACAACUCCCGAUCAUCCAGGACGACAUCUUACACCGCCUCCAGAAAGCGAUGAGAGAUGUGGACGGGAUUAACGAGAAGCUGGCAGAUGCCGACGAGAUCUGGACGAGGUUCUGUGAAGAGCGGACCGGUCUGGCUGUUCAGGCAAAGGGCUGCGUAGAUGGCACUUACCUGGACGGUGCGGCCGACUGGAAUGAAGCACCCGAUUACUACCUGCGAUCUCGUAUUGAAGAGGACCAUGACGAAUUUGCACGUGAAGUGGAACUAAAUGGCCACGGUCUGCGUCAGUCCAAAUCGGCGCGGAGCCUCACCGAGGACAGAGAUGGCUUCCGCACUUAUGUCCAGCAAAUGCUCGAAUCGACCCGGGGCCGCGAGCUGAAGGACAGCUAUGAUCCCAAUCGCCUGAACCUGCUCUUCCGCAAGCACUCGGAACCCUGGUACGGAAUUGCCAGGAUGCAUCUGGACCACGCCCACCGACGAUGCGUCGCCUUCGUCGAGCACAUUGUCGAGAAUGUGCUGCGCAAGGAGCUACCUGCACUGCCGACGCGUGUGUCGCAAGCCAUGAAAGACCAUUUGUACCAGGCGCUUGAAAAGCAGAAAAAGAAGGCCGAAGACGAGCUCAGAGCGAUCGAACAGGAUCGGAAACAGCCGGCACAGACGCAGAGCAAGCGGUUUGAGAAGCUGGCGCGGCAAUUGAAAAUCAACAAGAACUUUGCUUUGGUCAACCGGGUGGCGGAGGAGGAGUAUGCGUACAUGCCAAACGCGGCGUCGCCAGCGAGAACGGAGAGCGUCAACGAGAGGGAGAAUAUGCCACCUCCACCACCUACGCCUGGGAGCGCCACACGAUUCACCCCGGCGCAUGUAGAUCGAGUUUUGGCCCAGGACAGCCGGGCCGAGUCAGCGGAGGAGAUUGGGAAGAGGAUGAUCAUUUACUACGAGAUCUCUCGCGAAGUCUUUGUUGACAACGUCGUCGUCCAGGUCGUCGAGCGGCAUCUUCUAAGGCCCCUCCACACGCUGUUCCAGGGCGACUUUGGUGUCGACAAGGACGUCUUCACGCGCGCCGUAGACGCCGAGCGAGACCAGAAUUUGACUGCCAGGAGGAACACACUGAAUGAGAGGAUCAAGCGGUUGAAGACGUUUGCUGACCAGCUACGCGUGAUUUGA